UCCCAGCGACCGGAGGCUGACUCUCAGGGACACGCAGGAUCCCCUCUCCUUCCAGAGACAAAAUGUCUAAAGAUCUGAGUCCCGAGACUGAAAACGCCUUCCCGAAAACAAGCGAUUUCUACAGAGUGAGCAAAGACCUCCCGGCCAAGUUCAUUCACCCGGAGACCUGGAGGCGCGGAUACAGGCCCAAAGUCGACAAUCCGCUCUACCGAACAACCAAUCAGACGUAUGGAAGGAGGCCACCGACGGUCCACGAAAUGCCGACCACUUUUAACGGUUUGUCGGAUAAAUUCUCGCAAGUAGCGUCAAAGUGCGGAAUGUACAGGAACCACGGACUGAACACGAGUCUGGAGAAGAGCUUCGUGACGGGGCCCGACAACCAUAUCACCGCUCACGACACGAUGAACUUCCACCGCAGCUACAACGUCAGCGGACCUUCUGAAUGAGUAGUAGAUCCUGCCCCGACUCCCAAACGAGCUGACUCAGGAGGUCCAAAAACGCGCAGCGCCGGUUAUUUGACACAAUAUAUCCCGGAACGCUCAAAGACUUAACCCCAGAACCAGCAUAAUGUAAACGUUACUUUACGGCUUUAUGGGGAGAUUGUGAGUCGACGUUCUUCCUGAUUAUCAAACACGUUUUCUAAAAUGUU